GUAAUGAGUUAUGCACGUUCAUUGAGUGUUCAAAAUCAAAAGCAUUGUUUUCUUUUGACUAUCUAUCCAGGGCGAUAGACCUCUCUGAUGGACGCGAUAUUAUUGUUUACUCUCGAUAUUUUCCCUUCAUGUUUAACCUACCUUCCCUUCCAUACACAACAAUCGCUCUCACUGGCAAAGAAACUCCGACAAGCCGAACUUGCAGCGGUCCCUCAGAUUCAUGCAUCACGUGACUUAACGGUUACGUACGUUAUUCAUCACGUCACCGACGGAUCCGUUUCUUCAUUCGUCGUCCUUGUGAACGAAUCGCGAGAGAGAGAGGCCCGCAUGUUGUUGUGCCACUUGCGUCCUCACGGUUCAUCCUCACAUCGCAUGCUUGGUGUGGAGGAAGGGGAGAUGUUGUUAUCACCCACAGUACUCUCCUGAUGCAGCUCGGCUGCUGCACUCAGUUUCCGCUCGCACGUGGUGACGGCGUCGCCGCAGUCGCUGGCAGACGUGGAGUCGUGCCUCUCUGCCGCCGUCGACACGAAAGAGGUACAUACAAUUCUUCUGCGUUAAAGAAGUGCCGGUUGAACAAAUUUUGCUAUGAGGUUGAAAUUCACAGAACUGCUGUCAGACGUACAGAUGACACCCAACUGUCGACAGGACAACAACAAUGUCGACUGUCCUGACACUACUGUGUCUCUGUAGCCUCACCUUGUGGACCACCACGGACGGCAAAGUAUUCACCCCCGAACUGACUUCCAAGAAUUGAGGAAUUCGUGAACAACCUCAUGCAGUGCCGCGGGGUUAUCGGUCUGUCCUUGGCCGUCGUCAAGGGUAACCAGACCUGGACUCGAGGGUUCGGCAUGGCCGACAAAGCCUCCGGACGACCGGUCAGUUCCUCCACCUUGUUCGCUAUCGGAUCCGUGACCAAGGCCUUCACCUCACCAUCCUGGCCAUGUUAAUCGACGAAAGCCAGGGAAAGUACACGUGGCAAACAAAGGUCAAGGACGUUCUUGGAAAUGAGUUCCAGCUGGCAGACGAGUAUUUGACCAGUCACGUGACAAUCAAGGACCUGUUGCUACACAGGACAGGCUUAGCGACCACCAAUCUUCCAUUGUUCGCGGGUUUCCCAGACACUCUGACAAGAAAGGACUUAACUAUGCGGCUGCGGUUUCUUCCGGUGUCAGGACUGUUUCGUGACGAGUAUAACUACAACAACUGGAUGUACGCACUGGCCGGGAGGGUCGCCGAGGUGAUGGGGGGAGCAUCCUGGGAGGAGCUUCUCCAUCAACGCAUCUUUCAGCCUUUGCAGAUGAAUGACAGCCGGGUCAUCGGGUACAAUGUCGAUGUGGAUGCGGACAACUUUGCCUUGCCUUAUGUUCAGCUCAGGAAUGAAAUUGUGCGGUCAGACCCCGUGAUUUACAAGAUGACUGCCACAGAGCCCGCUAUCGCCAUCGCCUCUUCUGCGGACGACAUGGCCAAGUGGCUGUCUUGGCACGUGCGGGGAGGAGUGACGUCAGAUGGCCACGUGACGCUCAAGAAGUCCUGCCUCCAGGAGAUGUACGCACCGCACAUGGCCGUGCCCGACCUUACUUACAUUAAGAAGCCACAGUUUCCGAUCUCAAUCAACAACUAUGGUUAUGGGUACGGGUGGACAACAGCCACUUACAGAGGGUAUUCGAUGGUCUGGCAUAGUGGAAUAAUACUCGGUUACCUCACACUCUUGACUCUUCUACCCGAUCUUGAUAUUGGUAUCUUCAUCAGCACCAAUGGGCCUGGAACUAUGAACACAUCUUUCGCUCGCUCAGAAGUCUCCUACUAUAUAACAGACCUUCUUUUAAGACUAGACCCUUGGUUAAAUAAUGCAAACGCUUGCCAGUUUCCUCAGGAGUGGGAGAACGUGACAGAUGACCCGUCAGAGGAUUCAGUCUUGGUUCACGGAGAACUCAAGGGACUUCAAAACUUCGUUGGACAGUACGGAAACGUUUUGUUCGGGGACAUCACAGUAACUAAAAACGGAAGCAACGAACUGCUGGUGAACUACGGACGAGUGACGGGAAAAUUGCAUAAAACAAAGGAAGACCAUGUUCUUAUGAUGGAUAUUUUAGGCGUCUUGGAGUUCGUGACACAUGUAGGGAACGAUGUCUUGUACAUUAACACGACCUUCGCGAAGGCAGACGAGAGUGGACAAUACCAGGAGAUAUUAGUGAGCUCCCCUUCAAUGACUGACAGUAUUAUUAUGGUAUUCAAACGUGGAGUUACCUUUUCCCAUCUGUCAGACCCACUGACCAGCGGAAGCACCACAUCAAACUUUGCUUUUAUUCUCUACUUUAUGACCCAUUUCUUCCUUUUCUUGCUGGUGUUUCCCGAAGGGAUUUUUAUAAAUACGAAUGAAAGAAAUAUACUUUAAACAAACAGCUUCUUAGAGACACAGUGGUACUGAAGCUCUUCAGAAGGCAACGCAUAAAUUUAAUCUGAAUGUUCGUGUGUCAAAUCAAUUUACAUUAAUAUUAAAAUUAACACGAUUUUCUAAUCUGAGAAUCUUCUAAGCUGAUCCUUCUUCUAUUUUAUAAACGUUCUCGGUGAAUAUUAGCCUUGAUUUUAAAAUAAUGUGCUGAAACGUAAAUGUGUUAUUUCUUUCUUAAUUACACUAUUACAAUACUAUACUAUCAGCACUUCGAAGAAAUUCUGAACCAACCUCAUCCCCAUCUUUUCCUGAUGUACCACCAGCAACUGAACAGCUCCACGUCAACACUAGCCCUCCCACUAAAGCAGAAGUCAUCAAUACCAUCAAAACCACCUGGCCAAGUGACCAGAGAAAGGAGACCUCUCCCAGUGCAACAGUUCGCGGGGUAUCAUACUGCUGUCCAUUCCCAGCAAAGUCUUGACAAAUAAUAAUAAUAAUAAUGAUAAUGAUAAUAAUAAUAAUAAUAAUAAAUAAUAAUAAUAAUAAUAAUAAUAAUAAUAAUAACAGAGAGAGACGGAAGAAGGCACUAGACAAGAGACUGAGACCAGAAUAAGCAAGGUUUUACCAGAAUAGGUCAUGUACUGACCACAACGCCACCCUCCGUAUCAUCAAUGAGCAGUCUAAAGAGCUGUUGUUGUUGUACGAGAGAAUCUUCACUUUUCCGAAUUGCACGUUGGUGAACGGACGUCCGACUUGAAGAGACGCAAGAAAGUGGUCCGCUGGACUUUGCGAAUGUGUAGUGUACUGGAAGUCUACAGCAGCACGAGUUAGACUUAGAUUAUUGAUGUACGUAAAGGAGUGGUCAGUAAACAUUGAGUGGUGAACACUGAACGUCGAACUGUGAUUAUAGUAUAACAAACUGAAUAUUGAUUUAUUGUGUGAGCAUUUAUGAGACGAGCGACAUCGAGGAGAGAUAAGUUUUUAAGAAUUACGUGUGAACCUAAAUGUCAACUAUUUCUGUAUCUAUGUACUGUUUUGUUACAUUCUUUGAUUUAUAUAUAUAUUGGCAUAUUAACUGAGUGAGUGUUGUAAUUAGGUGUGGUCGAGCGCUUGUUAACACGUACCAUAAUAUCAGUGGUUAAGCUCUGAUAUCUAAACCCAGGGACAUACCAGUUCGAGACACGUAUGGCGCAGAAAACUUCUGAGUAGACACAGCCAUCAAUGUGUGAACUGCUGUCUCUUAUUACUUUCACAGUUCUAAAUGUGGUCAUUAAGGCAUUCAGCCUUUUUCAUGACGGUAAAAUAUCGCACUGUUCAGUCAAACACAUUCCUUUUUAUUUGUGAUCAAACCAAUCACUAUAAAAAUAUUUUUCUUAAAAUAUAAAAAUCUUUAUUGUUAAAUAUACCAGCAGAUACCAUCUGAAGGAUAUCACAGCUAAUAAAAUCUACUGAGGUGAUUUAUUAUUGAACUGUACUUUCAACGACGGCUAUAAAGACAGCUGACACCAUCAAAGAUAUGAACUCCAGUCUUAAUCUCUAGCCUUUUAAAGUAUGAUUGCAAAAACAUCUGGUUCUAUUAAAGAGGGGAACUUCGGUAUUAAUUUCUCCUAUUUGUUUUCUCUGUCGCCUUCUCCGUGUAUGUCCUUCAUUCCCUCCUUCCUUGUGUUUUCGUGUGUUCAAAAGAAGCGUGUCAUGACAAACAGAUUCUUUGACAGUACGAGCGGCAAGACAAUUCUCGAAUAAAUAAUGUCGUGCUUUCAUCCAAAAUAAAUCGUUCUGUAGCCGUAGUCAUCAAGCCAGAGGAAGUGGUUUUCCUGGGGCAAAAUAGUAGUGUAGUCAGACCGCGGUGUGCGCAUGCUUGCUGCCCUCUACCUUCCCCUGUCCCCCUCAACACACCAUCAGCCCACCAGCACCGUUGAUGAUUCCAACCGCAGCUUUGAUGUGAUUCAACUGCUGAAACCAUCAUUCGGACAAACGGCGACGUGGCAAGCGGCUGACGCCACCCCUCCCUGCACCACCACCAAAAACUUAGCACCCAGGUGAUUAGCUCUAUAAAUGCGCACUCUUCUCUGUGGUAUUCGGCAAAGAGUGUGUCCUCAAAAACAGACUGGACAGAAAGCGAAAGACCUAAAAUCUUGUGAAGAGGUUGACGAGCCCAGUGUCAUGAGUGUCAUCAGUAGACAAUCUUGGAGGACCUCUACGACUGUGUUCAGACAAAAACAAUGUCAACUAUCCUGGCCCUGCUAUGUCUCUGUAGCCUCACCUUGUGCACCGCUGUGGACUGUAAGAUGUUCACUCCAGAACUGACUUCUAAUAUUGAAGAGAUUGCAAACGGACAGGUAGAUAGCAGCAGUCACCUGCUACACCUCAGAAGUGCUCCAGCGAAAGCCUUGACAUCCGGGUGAUCAUCUCUAUCAAGACCAACUGUUUUCUGGCGUGGCAGUAUCAGCCACAAGUACUGAGGUACCCGGUAAAAAGUCUCGUCACAGCAGUCUGAGGGAAGUCUGAGGAUGACUUACCGAGUGUCAGCACUCCUAGGAGGGCUUCCACAACUAUCUUUAUAAAAAAAAACCAACAAUGGCGACUGUCUGGAACUGCUGUCUCUGUAGCCUCACCUUGAUGUCCUUGUGGUGAACCUCAUCCAGUGGAUUUCCUUGGCCGUCGUCAAGGGGAACGAGACCUGGAUCUAGGGUUGGGCAUGACCGACACAACCUCCAGACGACCAGUGCAUUCAAUUC